AUGGUUGCCAAGAAAACCCAGAAUCAGAAGUCAACUUCCAUCGUCAGAAGCGCGGAAUCUUGGACUUCAUCAGCUUCGUCUGGUGGAAAGACCAAGAGAAAAGAAGUGGCCAAGAAGACGCAAAAUCAACAGAAGUCUUUGUUGAAGUCUCCGGAGAUUGUCAAAUUCAAAGACGGAUAUAAGGCUGGAGGCAAGAAGAAGAUCGUGUUGAAGACAAAGGAAGUGUCCAAACGUAAGUUCGUUGAUGAGCAUGAAUAAAAUAAAGGAAAGGAAGAUAGAAUAAGGUAUUUCUAUUUGAUUUAGCGCUAAUAUCUGAUGUUCGGAAGGUUUGAUGCAAUUUUUCAAUAUUAUUUAUUGGGUUGCUGAUUUUUAGGUAAUACUCUUCCUUUUAGGCUUGAUAAGGAUUUAAAGUUUAUGAAAUUAAAAGUAAAAAAUACAGAUGAAGGUUAUACAAUGCAAGAAAGUCGUAUUUUUAUAUUUGUUUGUGUUUCCAAAGAGUUAUUUGAUAUUAUUUAUGGUCAUCUUGUGAUUUAGGUAAUAUUGUCUCUCUCUUGCGUGUUAGAUGUUGAAUGUUUAUGAAUUUACAACUUGAAUAUGUAUUAAAAGAACUUGUGAAAGUUUUAAAUUAGUGUGUUUUUAUUUACUUUAGUUUUCGAUAUUAACUUUGAUUUAUUUGUUGUAGGUAACUUUUAUUUUGAACUUUAGGUAAUAAAACUAGGUUUUUUGUUUGAAAUGUAGUUUCUAAUGUUAAGAAAAGCCUGCUUUAUCUUUUAGUUGUUAUUUUGUAGGCAUUUGAGGUAAUUUUGUAAACUUAUUGCUGAAGAACUAUUUUGUAAAUCAAUAGAUGGAUAUAGACGAAAAUGGUUGUAUUUUACUAAAUUUGUUAUAUUUUUGUAAAAUUUUGGUUUUUUAUUAAAGAAGAAUGUCUUUUGAAUGUUUUUUAGCAACAUUUUUGAUAAUUAUAUCUGUUUUCAGGUGGCACAAACGUUUUGAAGGAGAUCAGACGUCUUCAAUCUUCAGUGCACAAUGUGAUUCCACGAGCACCGUUUAUGAGGCUAGUUCAGUCUGUUACCAGAGAUUUAGGGAAAUUCGAUUUCAAAUUUAGAGUUGAAUCUAUUUUUGCUCUACAAGUAAGGUUAAUUUGAGUUUUUGGUUUUUAAUUUAUAGGUAUUGGCUUUAUUGAGCGCUCUAACUGCUUUUUGCUGUAACUUUUUGUACAGAAUAGCUAGAGACUUGAAAGUUUCUGUGAUUUUGCUUUAUCUUAAUUACCAACCAUGAUACAAAAGAAACUUUUGAAGUUUUACAAAAUAUUGUAGAUACAUCAGUUUUAAAUUACGGUAGAAUAUUGUUAUAGGAAGCGACAGAAAUGUUCCUUUGUGAGUUGAUGGAAGAUUCGAAUAUGUUGGCAUUUCACGCGAAGAGAGUAACUAUGAUGAGAAAAGAUCUUCUGAUGGCGUUGAGAAUUCGUGGAGCUGGCAAUAGGUAA